AUGAACCAAGGUUACAAUCCAAACAAUGCACAAUCGGAUCAUGGUGCUUCUGCGAAUAAAAGUCCCUCUAAACACGGAAGGAGAAGGCAAAGGCCGAACAAGGGCAGAAAAAAGGCCGCCGGUGCGCUUGAACAGGGCCAACAGCCUCAACAAGCUCAACAAGGUCCAUCGCGCGGCGUUUCUGGUCGAAAAUCCACUCGGAGAAGACAAUCGACUGUCAACCCUAACGUGUUUCUUGCUGUUCAAGUGUCAAGCGCCAUUAUCCAUGAAAAUGUACGAUAUUUUCAAGAGUCCCUUGUGGAAAGAAAUCCCAAAUAUUUCUACUUUCGGGUGCCUGUUCCGAAAUGCCACGUGACGUUGAAGGUAUUCAAUGCACCACCCCAGCAUAUCGACAGCAUUCUUCAAGCCAUGGAGAGGGCUGUGGCUUCGAACCAUGAACCAAUUCAUUUGGAGUUCGAUGGCGUGAACGAUUUUGACGAUAAGGUGGUUUUUGCCCAGCUUACCCCAAAUCCAGCAUUGGAUGCCUUGCGCAAAAAAUUGAUCAAGGCAAUUAAUCGUCUCAAUGUACUCGACCAUCCGCUAACAGUGGACAAGUAUGAGCCUCAUCUGACUUUAAUGAAAACCAGCCGCUGCAAGGAUAAGAAGUUGCGCCAAAUGGAGAUCGAUCUCGAGCAUUACGAGGAUUUGAUACAUUGCUAUUUUGGCCAGGAAUCUGUGGGCAGUGUUCAAUUGCUAUCGAUGGAACUAAUGGGCGAACGGAACGGCUACUAUUUCUCGCAUGGAGAGGUACAUUUUGCUGAAGUGUUUGAGAGCACUUAUACCGAUCACUCAUGGUGUUGCAAUGAGUCAUUUCCGAAACCUUUACAAGAACCCGAGAGUUCUCUGAGCACGGAAAGUAUUUCGGUCCCACCUAAAGUUCUAGUCCCACCUAGGAUCGAGAGGUUUUGGAAUCAUCGUUCCAUCCAAAUGAUUUUUAACCCAAAGACUUUGAUCGUUGCCAGUUUGGUCGCUCUCUUGACGUGGAAACUACGUGGAAGCGUAAAAAAGUGAUUUAAGGCUGUGUUCUGGAAGAACAGUCUUUGUACGAUUAAAUGGCACAUGUUGUGCAUAAAUAUUUUUGUUCUAGAAGAAGCUGAUUCAAAAUAAACAUCAAUUCGGUUCA